GUGUUAGACUUUGAACUUUGUUAAAAGUUUGUUUUGUACAUUUUUUAACUUAAGAUUAUAUUUAUAAUUAAUUUAAUUGAAUAAUGUGUAUAUAGACGAUAUUACUGCAUUUUUAAAACCGGUUAUCAUAAGAAUUUAGUCAUGUAUAACCCCGCUAGUACAGUGCGACGUAUCGAUGUUCUUAUUCGUAUUUUAGGAGGACGCAAAAAGUUUUUACAAGUUAAUUAUGUUAGGGCAUACUCUAGUGAGGGUAAAGUGACCAUUGGAGAUGUUACCAAAGAUAUAACAACGCCAAAAAAGAUUGAAUAUGUACCUCGGAAAUACAUAUCUGUAGAGGGUUCAGAAUUAAAAUAUUUAUCUCAAAGUACACUUAGAAACUUAAGAUGGAUGAUGCAAAAAGAUUCUCUUGGUCAAGACAUGUUUUUGCUCGGCAGGCCAGGUCCCAAUAGGCGGAAAGUAGCUUUACAAUACUUAGAGUUGACACAAAGAGAGUUGGAAUAUGUCGCUCUAUCUCGUGAUACUACAGAGGCUGAUUUAAAACAGAGAAGGGAGAUUCAAAACUCUACUGCCAAGUAUUUUGAUCAGAGUGCAGUGAGAGCAGCAAUAGAAGGACGAAUUCUUGUUAUAGAAGGAAUAGAAAAGGCUGAACGUAAUGUGUUGCCAGUAUUAAAUAAUUUGCUGGAAAAUAGAGAAAUGCAUUUAGAAGAUGGGAGAUUUUUAGUACCAGCUGCAAGAUAUGAUAAGUUAUUACAGGAACAUGGUGCAGAAGAAGUGUCAAGAUGGCGUCUAGUCCGUGUUGAUGAGAACUUCCGAGUGAUAGCUCUGGGUCUGCCCGUGCCGAGGUAUCAGGGCCAGCCGCUGGACCCGCCGCUGCGCUCCCGGUUCCAAGCUAGAGAUGUCGCUACUGUUGGCUUUGGGGAGCAUAUGAAUGCGUUGCGGGAAGAAGCACCCAAAGUGGACUCUGUCAAGUUGGAGCAGUUGCUGUCAGCGGCGUACGCGCUUGUCAGCCCUGAGCUGCAGCAGAUCAGCUUGCCGGACUUUCCUAUAGACAGUCUGCACGCCGCAGCACUUAUAUUGGAAAGAAAUCCUACCAUCCCAAUACACAAACUCAUUUACUUACUAUAUCCAUACAAUACUUUCCUAUCCAAAGAUCACAUAAAGAACGUACAUGGUGUAUUACAAAAUCUAAGUGUUGACACAAAACCACAAUGUACUAUAAGUCUUUGUGGAAUGGAGUUCGAAGGGAAACAAGCUAAAGUGACACUUGAUGUAAACGGCUCUAAGUCUCAAUUUGGCGUGGCGUGCGGUGAAAGUAAGUACAUAAGAGAAGAAAAAGGCUUCGUUAAAACGGAUUACCAAAGCGAGUUGCUGAAUGAAUUACUGCUGAGUCAUAAUGUCGGAGAUUUUUGUAUCGUUGGACCAAAGGGCUGCGGAAAGAGUUUGUUAGUUGCGCAAUUAGCUUCCUUAUUGCACUAUACGAUAGAACCUAUAGUCCUGUAUCAGGAUAUGACAGCGAGAGACUUAGUACAGCAGCGUACGACAUUAGAUAAUGGAGAUACAGUGUGGAGGAACUCAGCAUUGGUAGAUGCAGCUAUGAAGGGACAUAUGGCGGUGUUAGAUGGCUUGCAUAGGAUCCAUGGCAGUACAUUAGCGGUAUUACACAGGUUGGUGCAUGAUAGGGAAUUACAACUUCACGAUGGUACGCGUCUUUUACGUCACGAUAGAUAUGACGAGCUCCUAGCAACUGGUCUCACCAGAGAGGAGCUAGAAGACAGUGGCGUCAAAAGAAUACAUCCAGCUUUCAGAAUGGUGGCGCUAGCGGAGCCACCAUCUCUCGAGCGAGGCCAGCCGUGGCUCACGCCGGAGAUACUCAGCCUAUUUAUCUUCCACGAGAUGCGAAAUUUGAGCAAAGAAGAAGAAAUAUUCAUUAUAAAAUCAUUGUAUGGAAAUAUAUCUUCGCCGUUACACUCAAUUAUAGACUUGGCAGAUCAGCUGCGAAAGUCAGAAGACAGUACAUUAAAGAACCUCUCAUCUUCACUGUCAACACGACAGCUCCUCAGAAUAGCCAACAGAAUGUCUAAAUAUCCAAUAGAUUCCGCCUACGAGACCGUGCAAAGGACUUUCUUAGCCAAAUUCCUCCCUAAUUUAGCUAGACGAGCGCUAGAUGGCGCUAGUCAGAAAAUAGGAAUAGAUCGACCGACUCGUUUUGGUCUUUUCGGUAAUAACGAGAAGAAAUUGCCAUGUCAUGUACAAAAUGGCGUAUUAACGAUUGGUAAUACAAGUACACAAGUUUUUAAAACGGAUGCUUUAACUAAAGUCCCCGAUAUACUGUUCUAUGAUGUACCACAGCAUAUAAAACUUUUAGAAUGGCUCCUCCAAGACUUUUUAUUAGGAAAUCAUUUACUCUUAGUAGGAAAUCAAGGUGUUGGGAAGAAUAAAAUCGCUGAUAGGUUGCUGCAGUUGUUAAAUCGUCCUCGAGAGUACAUACAGUUGCACAGAGACACAACGGUGCAAUCUUUGACAGUUCAGCCGACUGUCAAAGAUGGGGUUGUCAUAUAUGAAGAUUCUCCACUAGUGAAAGCUGUCAAAUAUGGUCACGUGUUGGUAGUAGAUGAGGCUGACAAAGCGCCGACACAUGUGACAUGUAUAUUGAAGACUCUUGUAGAGAAUGGUGAGAUGAUACUUAGUGAUGGAAGGAGGAUAGUGCCAAGAAACAUGUUGGAAAGUUCUGGAGGGGAUGUGUCGUCUUUUAUACCAGUCCACGAUGACUUUAGAAUGAUUGUUUUAGCAAAUCGACCUGGAUUCCCAUUUUUGGGUAACGAUUUCUUCGCUUCUUUGGGUGACCUGUUCUCAUGUCACGCGGUAGACAAUCCUUCAAUAGAGUCAGAGUUAGAACUCCUGCGGUCGUACGGUCCCAACGUACCUGGAGACGUGAUGAAGAAAUUGGUCGAGGCGUUUGCGGUCCUUCGUGACAUGGCUGACCAGGGACAGCUGACCUAUCCUUAUUCUACUAGGGAGCUUGUUAAUAUUGUUAAACAUUUGCAGAAAUAUCCUGAAGAAGAUUUAGCGACGGCUAUCGGCAACGUGUUUGAUUUCGAUCGCUACAGCAAAGAUAUGGCGAACACUUUACUGGGAGUGCUACAUUCCAGUGGUCUGCCGACAGAGGGCGUGUUGGAGGGACGCUCUAAAGAUGCUUUGAAGAAAUUGCAGAUGACCAUUGAAAGGAAAAGCGGACUUGAUGUAUCGUCGCCAAAGUACGGCAAAGAUGAUCCUGACAAUAAGCCGCACGUGGGGGGCAACACGUGGGCGGGCGGUACGGGGGGGCGCGACACUGCGGGGCUGGGGGGCAAGGGCGGGCCCUACCGUCUGGACAAGGGACAUGAUGUGCACCAGCUAUCAGAUGAAGAGAAGAACGAUAUACCGGAGCAUGUGAAAGAGGCAGCUCGCGCUAUGAACAGGAAGGCGUUUGAGGAACGAUUAAUGGAGAUCAAAAUGAGCGAAUACGACGCCAAGUUGUACGGACAAUUUCUACGAGCUGUACAACCACAGAUCGGUGCACUUCGUGGUGUGUUAGCUGAGCUGCAAGCGAAGAAGAAGGAGAGGCAAUGGAGUCGACACCAGACCAGUGGAGAACUGGACGAUGGAAAGAUUAUAGAAGGUCUGACAGGCGAGCGGGCAAUAUAUCGCCGGCGUGUGGAACAAGAGCCGCCGCCUGGCUCGCCUCCAGACAAACCUAAGAGGCUCCGACUCGUUCUAGACGUCUCCGGCAGUAUGUACAGAUUCAACUCGUACGAUGGUCGACUGGAGCGUUCGAUGGAAGCGGUGGUGUUACUUACGGAGGCGUUACGUGGGUACGAAGCCCGCAUCAGGUACGAUGUGUACGCGCAUUCUGGUGAGGACAGCGCACUGGAGCUGGUCAGAGUAGACCGUCCACCUGACAACGAGAAGCAGAGGUUACAGAUAAUCCGUACGAUGCACGCACACUCUCAGUUCUGUUGGUCUGGUGAUAACACUCUGCCUGCCGCCAAACACGCGAUAUCAACGCUGGCUACUGAAGAUGCCGAUGAAGCCAUCGUUAUUAUACUGUCCGAUGCUAAUCUAAGAAGAUACGGCAUCCCGCCGGAGUCGCUGGGCACCAUUUUGACAUCGGACCCUCGUGUACAAGCCCACGUUAUAUUUAUAGGUAGUUUGGGGGACGAGGCGAAUACGUUACUCCGGAGUCUGCCGGCGGGACAUGCACACGUGUGUAUGGAGGUGUCUUCUCUGCCUCACAUCCUGCAGCAGAUAUUCGCCUCCUCAUUGUUGCAGACCGAUAGUUAAUCUUAUACUAAAUAAAUAAAUAAAUUAAUAAGAUGUUUCCCAUUUUGCCGAUUGUGUACCGAUUAGUCAGUCCAAUGGGAUUUUUAUCCUAUUGGGUCGAUUAAGAAUCAAUUAAAAUCACAUUAGGCGAAUUAAACGUAGGAUGAUAGGUUCAAAAAAGUCAUCACACAGAAAAAAAAGUGAUAAAUAUAUGUUUUUUUUAUA